GAUGACAGUGUGUUGGGUCUUCGCCCAAGUGGUCCACGGUGUCCUCGCGGCCCCGGGGAACUGCCCCAGCCCUGGUACCAACAACUGGAGAGACGACGUCUGCAGCCUCGGUGGCGGCCUUAUGGUCAAAAGUGUCCCCACAAACCUGGAGCUCUCGUCUAAAAACUGCAACACUUUCUACAACAAAUCUGAAUUUCAGAAGCAGCCCGUUGUUACUCUGUCUGACGCUAAACCUGAGGACAAGUACACUCUGCUGAUGGUAGAUCCGGACGCCCCAGGAUUGACCAAAGACACUUACUACCUUCACUGGAUAGUGGCCAACAUCGAGGGAGAAGACUUUAAAAAAGGAAAUCUUACUAAUGCUAAAACUAUAACACCGUAUGCCGGCCCCGCGCCUCCAGUAGGCUCGGGUACCCACCACUACUUACUGGUCGUGUACCUGAUGCGGCCAGGGACCCGGGUGGCUCAGCAUGUUGAGGACAGCCAGAGGUCGAGGUUCCAUCUGGGGGAGUGGACACAGAAGUACAACUUGUGCGGACCCGUGGCGGGCCUCCAGUACUCCGCCAACGCCUCUGGGAAUCCAACGUCUUAAUUAAGCCAUG